GAUGAGUAAUCCCCCUCCAGCAGAGGAACACGCUCCUCUGGAGCUCCUCUGAUCAGUAUGUGGAGAGAGUCGGACUUGCGUGACGCGCAGAACGCGGCGGACUUUCUCUCUGCAGAUGAUUCCCUCCUCUGAUGCUCACGGGGGGGUUAUGAGCAGCGCAGCUGCGCGUGCACGGGCUCAGCCGCCGCGAGGAGGUGCGAGGCGGGGAACCUGAUGACCACCGCGCGGGGUGGGGUUCGCAGAGCCGCCACGCCCCCGCGCUCGGCUCGGCGCUGUCCGGUGCUGUGGUGCUGAACGCAGGAUCAGAACGCAGCGGAGCGCCUGCAGCGCCGCGCGCAGCCACCGACCCGGCAUGGAGAAGCCUGAAGUUCCGCGGGCUGCGGCGGAAGGACCCCGCUGUGGAGAUGUUUGUCAAGUGUUUUCCGUCGCCCCCCCACCAGCCGCCUGAGCCGCUCGGAUGUGCGUAACUUGCCGCCAACAUGAUUUGGGGAAUUCUGCUGUGUUUUCUCGCAGCGCCGGUGUCUGGAUCUCUGCCUCAGGGAAGGCUGCCUUUCUUCCACGGGCACGUCUUUGAGAACUCACCGGCGGCUUCCAAAGUGAACGGACUGAGCAUUCCGGUGACGCGCGUCAACGCGCAGAAAUGGUGCCCAGCAGCCUCCGGGAUGCGCUUCAAACUGUACGGGAACGGGAGCGACGAUUUCCGCGCGUUCGCCCACCACAAGCGGGGGAAUGUUUUGCUCAAAACUUCCCGGGUGUUAGACCGAGAGCUCCGCUCGGAGUACCAGCUGAGCCUCGCGCGGUGCUGCCGGACGUGCGCGCCGGUGGCCUCGGUAAAAGUGGACGUGUUGGAUACCAACGACCACCAGCCGACUUUCCUGUCCGCCUCCAGCAUCCACAUAAGUUUGGAUGACACCGCCGCUCUCCGGAGCGUCAUCUACCGUCUGGAGGCGGCGGACGAGGACGGCGGGAAGAACGCGGAGUUGGCGUUCGUGUCCGUGCCCGCGAACGGCUCCCUCUACGUGGUCCCGAAGACCGGGGAAGUUCUGCUGGUCGACUCCAUCCUGGGGCGCAACUCCACCAUUACGGUCUACGUGUACGCCAGGGACCACGGGUGGCCCCCCCUGACCAGCAGGGCGGUGCUGAUGAGCGUGACCCCGCGGCGGUGGGGCG